AGUGUGGAGACGCCCCGGGGAUUGAGCAAUCGCAGUUUGAAAAGAAAAAAAGCCAAACAAAUUAACAAAACCCACCCACCCUAACAAACGAGGCUGCUGGAGAGAAUGAAGAAAGAAUGGUUCAUGGUCGGAAUAGUACUGGCGAUCGCCGCAGCUAAGCUGGAGCCAUCCAUAGGGGUGAAUGGGGGACCACUGAAGCCAGAAAUAACUGUAUCCUGCAUUGCUGUUGCAACAAUAUUCUUUAACAGUGGACUAUCAUUAAAAACGGAGGAGCUGACCAGUGCUUUGGUGCAUAUCAAACUGCAUCUGUUUAUUCAGAUCUUUACACUUGCAUUCUUCCCAGCAGCAAUAUGGCUUUUUCUUCAGCUUUUAUCAAUCACACCCAUCAAUGAAUGGCUUUUAAAAGGUUUACAGACAGUAGGUUGCAUGCCUCCUCCUGUGUCUUUGGCAGUGAUUUUAACCAAGGCAGUUGGUGGAAAUGAGGCAGCUGCAAUAUUUAAUUCAGCCUUUGGAAGUUUUUUGGUAAGUAGAUGUGGUUUAAUUUGUCUAUUAUAA